CAGGUAUCUUGCGACCAAACUCGCAGAACAUGCGCGGCGACGGCGAUGGUGAUGCGCUUCUGGAGCCGCUGGUCGACCCGUCGCCUUCAACAGGACAAGCAAGAAAGGAAGAUAUCAUGGGGUCGCUUCUGCAUGAAGUGAAAAUGUCCCCGUGGGAGAAAUACUGGUAUCACGGCCGCGUUCCGUGGAAAGUGGUAUUGCACGUGUUGCUCAUGCUCUGCGGCACGUUGCAAAUCAUGCUCUAUGACAACCAAAACUCCGCCUACGUCCGUGCAUCAUACCGCAACUGGGCGUACUUCUUCCUUCCUAACGGUGCAUCUACAUCAAGCUUCUCGAUGGACACUACCCCGUUGGAAGAGUCGAUAUUUACCGUCAACGACACAUUGCUUGCGGUGGCACACGUGCGGGACGCGUACUUUUCGAUCAAGGACCUGUCCGUGGCGACGUACGAUUACCAUUACGCUUCCCCGUCCGUCGUCCAGCCCAUGCUCAUGUCGGUGAUCCAAUACCAGAACAAGACGAUCCUUCCUCGCCGCGAGUUCAACAUCACGCCCACGUCGCUGGGUCCGUUCGACGACCUCCAUACAUCGGCGGCCGCGCUGGCCUUUCUGCACUCGAUCGUGUCGAUUGAUUUCGCGUUUCCGCUACGAGAUAUCGACUACGGUCCAUUUUACUUUGACUGUUUCGACUGGACCGUGCGGCUGACGCUGGCCAUGCACGAAAACAGCCACCUUCGGAUGCGCGUGGACGAGUGCUCGUUGGAUGUGUGUUCUGUUAACGAUGUGUGGGCCACCCUCCGUGGCCGCUUCCUCUGGCUCAACUUGGUCGUGGCGGGUCUCACUGUCAUAUACAUUGUCCUUCUGGGCCGAAGUCUUCUCCGCGCUGUUGCGAGCUUCUCCAACCCCACGACAAGUAGACGGGUGCCAUGGACGCAGCUCCCACUACUACUACUACGUCGAGUGUUGACCCUCCACCACGGCCUCGUGAUGGCGACGUUGGUGUUGGUGCUGUUCAAUGCAUUGUGGAACAUCUCGAGCGUGGUGGUGCAUGUCCCGUUGAGUUUUGGCCACCGCUUCGUCCAAGCCCUGGGACCUUUGCUGCUGUGGACGACAUUUGUGGGGUAUUUGGAGCCCAACCGUCGGUUCUACUCGAUUGUGUUGACGCUUGGACGGAGUUUGCCCAAGGUCCUGGGGUUCCUCGUGGGGGUAUCGCCAGUGUUCUUCGGGUAUGCUUUGUUUGGGUCGAUCGUGUUUGGGUACCGCGUCCAGGGCUUUGGGGGAAUUCAGGUAGGAUGGUUGUACCCUUUUUUGUCGUGGAAAUCCAUCGCGACCGUGUUGUGGACACGCAGGAAGCGUGUGUGACCCUCUUUUCGAUCCUCAACGGCGACGUCAUUCUCGACACGUUUGCGUCGCUUCAAACGGACUUUCCGUUCCUGGGCGCGGCGUACUUGUACACGUUCAUUGCGCUGUUUAUUUACGUGGUGCUGAAUAUCUUUGUGGCGAUUGUCGAAGAAGCGUUUUUUGCCACGCGAAGUCAGUCCAGAGCCCUCGAUACCCUCGCGCAACAGAUAUUUACUCCAACUCGACCGGAAACCUCCAACGAAUCAACGACCCAGCAGCAGCAGCAGCGGCGGUAGGAUCAAACCCAGAACAAGACAAGGCACUAGUACUACUAGUACUAGUACU